AUGAAGGUUGGUGCAGUAUGUUGCAAUUUGUUGUUCAUCACCUCUUGCCUUUUACUGAUCUCAGGGCAUGGCGUCUAUUCCAUGUAUUAUGAUUAUUCUGCUCCUACAGAGUGUUUGGUUGAACCUGAGAGAGCACAGUAUGAAGGAGGGAUUAUAGUAAAUCCAGGAUUUGAUCACAACAUAGAGGGUUGGACUGUGUUUGGAAAUGGAGCAAUUGAGGAACGAAUAUCUAAUGAAGGCAAUAGAUUCAUUGUUGCCCGCAAGAGAACACAACCAAUUGAUAGUUUCUCACAGCAGGUUCAACUUAAGAAAGGAAUGCUUUACAUCUUUUCUGCAUGGUUUCAGGUCAGUGAAGGAAGUGACACUGUGACAGUUUUAUUUAAAACGAAUGGAAGUGAAGUGGUACGAGGUGGCCAUGUGGUAGCAAAGCAUGGAUGCUGGAGUCUCCUUAAAGGAGGCAUUGUUGCAAACUUUUCAAGUCCUGCUGAGAUUUUUUUUGAGAGCAAGAAUUCCACUGUGGAAAUAUGGGCUGACAAUGUCUCCUUACAGCCAUUCACUAAAGAGCAAUGGAGAUCACAUCAAGACGCCAGCAUUGAAAGGGUACGUAAGAGAAGGGUGAGAUUCAAGAUAACUCAUAUAAAUGAAACAGCAUUGGAAGGAGCAAAAGUGGAGGCCCAACCACUUAAGAUGAACUUCCCAUUUGGAUGUGGAAUGAACCAUAAUAUCCUCACAAACAAAGAAUACCAGAAUUGGUUUGUGUCAAGAUUCAAAUUCACAACUUUCACCAAUGAGAUGAAGUGGUAUAGCACAGAGAUUAUUGAAGGCCAGGAAAACUACACCAUAGCAGAUGCAAUGCUGAAAUUCGCCAAAGAUAAUGGCAUUUCAGUCAGAGGUCACAACAUUUUCUGGGACAAUGAAAAAUUUCAACCUGAAUGGGUUAAGACCCUAUCACCUGAGGAACUAAGCGAAGCAGCAUCAAAAAGAUUAAAAUCAGUGGUUUCAAGAUACAAAGGAGAACUCAUUGCAUGGGAUGUGAUGAAUGAGAAUCUCCACUUCUGCUUUUAUGAGGACAAACUCGGUGAAAAUGCCUCUGCAGAGGCUUUUGCAGCAACUUACCAACUUGAUCCAGAACCAAACUUAUUCUUGAAUGAGUAUAACACCAUUGAAUAUAGUAGAGAUGAGAUUGCCAGCCCACACAAUGUUCUGUCGAAACUCAGGAGUAUUAUGAACUAUCCUGGAAAUAGAGAAAUACCAGUAGCAAUAGGGUUGCAAGGCCACUUUACCCCUGGUCAGCCAAAUAUUGCUUACAUGAGAUCAGGCCUAGAUCUUCUUGCUUCAGCUCAAGUUCCAAUAUGGCUCACAGAAGCUAGCGUGGAUUCAGACCCAAAUGCGGCAGAGUACUUCGAAGAGAUACUAAGGGAGGGUUACUCUCAUCCUUCUGUUAAUGGGAUUAUAAUGUUUGCUGGUCCAUCACAAGCUGGUUUCAACAACACUCCCCUAGCAGAUGAAAAUUUCAAAAGCACUGCAGCUGGAGAUGUUGUGGACAAGUUGAUUGCUGAGUGGGGAAUAAUAAGGCCUCAUUUUGCCACAGCAGAUAGCAGAGGAUUUGUAGAUGUUUCAUUGCAUCAUGGAGAUUAUGAUGUAACUGUUACACAUCCUCUAACCCACACUUCUGAAACACUGAAACUAAGUGUAAGGAAAGAUUUUUCACUGGAAACCAUCCACGUGAAAAUGCAUGGGUAA